UGCUGGCGGGGGCGCGCAAGGUCGUCCUGCACGAGAGCGGCGCGGCGCGGGGCGGUGUGCAGUUCCUCCAGGGGGAGAGCAAUGUGGGCCAGAACCGUGCUGAGGCGUCCCAGCGGAUGCUGGCCACGCUGAACCCUGAUGUGGAGGUGUCAGUGCACCCUGGGGAACUGUCGGAGGAGUUCCUCACUGCCUUCCAGGUGGUGGUGCUGACCGAGUCCCCGCUGGAGGAGCAACUCCGUAUUGGGGACAUCUGCCACACCAAGGGCAUCUGCUUCAUCGUGGCUGAUGCCAAAGGGCUGGCAGGGCAGCUCUUCUGUGACUUCGGGGACCACUUUGUUGUCCAUGACCCGGUGGAAGGGGACCCGCUCUGUGCCACCGUGCAGCACAUCUCCCAGGGCAACCCAGGGAUUGUGACAUGCACAGGGGCAGACGUGAACCGUGGCCACCACUUCAGUGACGGUGACCUGGUGAUGUUUUCUGAUGUGGAGGGCAUGGUGGAGCUGAACGGCCACGAGCCUUGCCCUGUGCGCGUGCUGGAUGCCUUCAGGUUGGAGAUUGGUGACACAAGCACCUUCUCACCAUACCGUGGCGGGGGCCGGGUCUUGGAGGUGCGGCCACACCAGGAACACUCCCAUGAGCCCCUGCGCCAGGCGCUGGCGAUGCCCAGGAUCCAGGCCAGGAGCUCCACAGAGCUGCUGCGCAGCCGCAGCCUGCACGCCGCCUUCCGGGCCCUGCACGCCUUCUGCCAGGAGCGGGACCGCCUACCCCGGCCCCGGGCACCGGUGAGUUCCCUCCCAGCCACCUCCCACUCCCAGCUCGUGCCCCCCACUGCACUGCCAUUGCCCCUUUGCCCACAGGAGGACGCUGAGCGUGUGCUGGAGCUGGCACGUGAGCUGGGCACGGCGCUGGGCCCAGUGGAUGAGGGCGUCGUGCGAGCGUUUGCCAGCGUCAGUGCCGGGGAGCUGUGCCCGGUGGCAUCCUUCAUCGGCGCGCUGGCUGCCCAGGAGGCAAUGAAGGCCAUCACGGGGAAGUUCAUGCCCCUGGACCAGUGGUUUUACUUCGAUGCCCUGGAGUGCCUGGCUGUGGAGGGGGCCGCAGGGCUGAUGCCGGAGGAUUGCACCCCGAGGGGGUCCCGCUACGAUGGACAGAUUGCCGUGUUCGGGGCUGACUUCCAGGAGGAGCUGGGCCGCCAGAAAUACUUUGUGGUGGGAGCCGGCGCCAUCGGCUGCGAGCUGCUGAAGAACUUCGCCAUGAUGGGGCUGGCGGCGGGGCCGGGCGGGGACAUCACCGUCACCGACAUGGACACGGUCGCACACUCCAACCUGCACCGGCAGCUUCUCUUCCGUGCGGCUGACGUGGCGAAGCCGAAGGCGGAGGUGGCUGCAGCUGCCGUGCAGCUCAUGAACCCGGACAUCAGGGUGACAGCCCACCAGGCCCAGCUGGGCCCCGGCACAGAGCAGCUCUUUGGGGACACCUUCUUCCAGCAGCUGGAUGGUGUUGUCAGUGCCCUGGACACGCUGACGGCCCGUGCCUACCUGGAGAGCUGCUGCAUCCGCUCCCGCACGGCGCUGCUGGACACGGGCACAGAGGGAGCACGGGGCAGCGUGCUGGCCAUGGUGCCUCCCCUGAGCCGGCCGCUGGAACCGGGCAGUGACCCCACGGAUGGCAGCUUCCCAGUGUGCACACUGCGCUUCUUCCCCUCUGCCAUCGAGCAUACGCUGCAGUGGGCUCGUGAUGAGUUCGAGGGGCUCUUCCAGCUGCCUGCAGAGAGCAUGAACCGCUUCCUGGGGGAGCUGCCCGAGGAGCCGGCGCGAUGGGAAGGCCUGGCGGUGCCCGAGCAGGUGCGGAGGAGCCUGGAGGAGCGGCCGCGGGACUGGGGAGACUGCGUGCGCUGGGCCCGCCGGCACUGGCAGCUCUGCUACCACAACAGCAUCGUGCAGCUGCUGCACGACGUGCCCCCCUCGCACGAAACCAGCCCUGGUGUGCCUUUCUGGUCUGGGGACAGGAGGUGUCCCCACCCGCUGACGUUCGAUCCCGGCAAUGACACCCACCUGGCGUACGUGGAGGCUGCCGCCCACCUCCUGGCUCACACCUACAGGCUGCCAUCCUGCGGUGACCGGGCGGCCACGCAGGAUGUCCUCUGCCACAUGGUGCUGCCGCCCUUCGUGCCCCAGGACAGGCGCUAUGUCCCCACGGCAGAGGGUAUGGAGGAGGUGGAGGAGACUCUGGAGCCUGGACAGCUGCUGGAGCUUGUGCAAGAGUUGGCACAGUGGAAACAGGAGCUAGGAGGGGACACAGAGAUGAUGGACCCCAUCCACUAUGAUAAGGACGAUGACCUCCAUGUGAGCUUCAUCACGGCUGCAUCCAAUCUGCGUGCGGAGAACUAUGGCAUCCCGCCUGCCGACCGGCUGACGAGCCAGCACAUUGCUGGGCGCAUUGUGCCCGCCAUCAUCACCACCACAGCGGCCGUGGCUGCCCUGGCGUGCCUGGAGGUCUACAAGCUGGUGUGGAGAUGCCGGGAUCUCCGCUGCUACCGCAACAGUAACCUGUUCCUGUCUCAGUGCCUGUUGCUCCGGGUCCAGCCCCUGCCAGCCUCCACUUACUGGUACCGGGGGAAGGAGUGGAGCUGCUGGGACCGGCUGGAGGUGCGUGCUAUUGGGGAGGACGGGCAGGCGAUGAUGGUGCAGGAGCUGCUGGCCUGGCUGCAGGAGGAGCACGGGUGGACCGUCACCAAGCUCCUGCGUGGCAGCACCAUGCUGUAUGACGGGGAGGAGGACAAGGAGAUGCGGGCAUGGCAGCAGGCGCAGAGGCUGUCAGAUGGCAUGGAGCGCUCCGCAGAGCCGCAGCAGCUGGAGCUGCAGUACGUGUGUGCUGGGGACGAGCUGGAGGAUGCCUGCCCCCCGCUUCUCUGCACCCUGCCCUGAGCCCGGGGGGGUCCCCAGAUAUCACCGCCUGCUCCACGCAAUAAAAGCUGCAGGACGAGCUGCGGCACGUGCUCACCGUGUUGCACCCCCUGCCAGUGCUGCACCCCACAAA